UGGCACGUGCAUCCGUGGUUAUUUUUUAUCUCCAUAUGCCCCCUGCAUGUGUUUCAGACGUUUCUUCGCAACCGACGAUCGUUCGAAGGCUAGGGUUCCUGCAACACAACAGCAGUUCCUUUGAAAGAAGUCGACAAGAGUGGUUGGCGAUGGCAUUGGAGAAAGUGAUACGCCUGGUCAUUCCGCAAUGAUGUGUUGCGUUGUCGUUGCUUGUGCUCAGAUCGCUCUGAUUCUAAACGAUGUAGAAAUAGAAAAGUAGUAGUAGAAGAAGAAGAAGAAGAGAGCGAAUUCCAAUACAGUAACUGGGAUUUGAUAGAGAUUAGGACCAUGCCUCAUAAAGUAAAUUGUGGAAUUGACUAUGAUGAAGAUUAUGACGUCUAUGAAGAUUACGAUUAUGAUUCUGAUGUACAAGAAAAUUCUGAAGGACCUGAGACAAAACAGGAAAACAUUACACUGGGUGUUUGGUGUUGCUCUAUUUGUACAUUUGAUAAUAAGAGGGUAUGUCUGCAUGCAAUAUUUGCUGGGUUCUUCGUACUCCUUUGGGUAAUGCUUGCAGCAAUGGAAAUAAGAACACAGUUGAUGGCAUGUGCAAAGAUUCUGGAGCAUCCAUAAUGGCCAGGUCUCUUUUUGCAUCAUUGCCGUGCCUGACACCCAACAAGCCUAAAACUUUUCAGCAACGGAAUGACAAUUUUUUGAUGGAAGAGUGCAAUAGCUUCUGGCCUUUGAAGUUUGAUGUCCCAUCUCCAUAUGAUUUGGUAUUAAAAGGAUUGCGUUUGUCCAAAGUGGGUUCAAAAGCAGAGCAGUACCAAACAUUAGUAGCCGGCUAGCCACUUUACUGUAUGGACGACCACUUCUUCUAGCCGGCCAACUACCUUUUUCAGCCAGGCAGUGUCUUUUUUGUUUCCCUGCAGAACAGAGCUGAGGCUGAGGUGAACAACUGUGCAAUUUUCUAACUACAAAACAGCAUCAUUCUGGCAGCUAAACAGGGGUAUUUUUGGGUGGCAAAUCCGUAUUUAAUGCAUAAGCACUUCCUCCCUGUGGCUUGUUAAUUACUAUCUUGUAAUUAAUUCAGUGUAAUUAUUUGUAAUAGCUUAGUUAAUUAAUUUUGUCUUGUACUUAAUUGGUUCUCACUUGUAAAUAAUUAGCUAAAAUAGUUGAUUCAUUUAUUUUUGGUAUUGUAAUAGUUAGUUAGUUCGUAGUAAUUAGCUAGGAUAUUUAUUCGGAUCCUCUUGUGCGAGGGCAAAUAUGUAAUAUUGUGUGUCUUUCAAUCCCUAUUUCUUUCUCCUU